GGAAAAUACCAGUACGGUAAAGUCAAAGGAGCAGUACAUCCUCUAAACAACGUAUUGUAGAGGGUAUUGGGCUUGAGUUACACUUGUAUCACUAUUUCAACUGACAAGGUCUGAACGCACUUCUGGGAAAUGGCUCAAAAUUGCCUCAAGUGUUUGAAAUACACCAUGUGUGUGGUUAACUUCGUGUGCUUUAUCUGUGGAACUGCAGGGUUUGGUUUUGGAGUGUUCAUGAUGAUGAACUCUAAGGUGUCGUCUCUCAUCCCAUCCCUGUCCUCCCUGAACAUUGCCAACAUGCUCUUCAUCAUUGGCAUCAUCAUGACCUGUGUGUCCUUCCUGGGGUUCCUGGGGGCCCUGAAAGAGAACCGCUGCCUCCUUGUCACUUUUUUCAUCCUGUUGUUCAUUCUGAUAUUGGUGGAGCUGACUGCAGCCUUUCUACUGCUUUUAUAUGAGAGCAAGAUUGGCAGCUUCCUACAGAGGGAUCUCACAGACAGUCUGGAGAAGUCCCGGGAAUCAGCUAAAGGUGGGAAUUCAACAAUGAGCACGGGUGACUGGGAUAUCAUUCAGACCACGUUCCAGUGCUGUGGGGUCCAUAACUCAAGUGACUGGAAGGAUAAAAUGCCUGCGUCCUGCUGCUCCAAGACCCAAUGUGACAUCAAUCAGCCGGGUUGUUACAAUAAGCUGAAGGCCUGGUUUGAGGAGAACUUCCUAGCCACUGGAGUUGCUGUGAUUGUGCUCUGCGUUAUUGAGGUCCUGGGCAUGUGUUUUUCCGUGACUCUGUUCUGCCACAUAAGCCAGUCUGGACUCAGCUACAAAUGAUGAAAACGGCAUUUAUUUUUUUGUUUGUUUUUUGUAAUAUAAUCCCCUCUCGGUUUAUGCUCUCUAUGAUGUUUCAUUUCAUUACAUGCUAAAAGGCAGGCACUUUUUACAUUUGAGUCAUUUAGCAGACACUCUUAUCCAGUGACUUACAGGAGCAAUUUGCUCAAGAGCACAUCGACAGAGUUUUCACCUAGACAGUUUGGGGGUUCUAACCAGUGUCCUUUUUGUCUUCUUAACAGCUAUGCUACCUACCUGCACUUUUGAAUGCUAUGUAAUACUAUUGAUACUGUGACUGUACUGACACAUUUUGUAAACAACCCAAAUAAUUCAAUAAACAU